AUGAAGGAAUUUGAUAUGUCAGACUUGGGUAAGAUGAGGUAUUUUCUUGGUAUUGAGGUAGUUCAGUGUGAUGGUUGUAUAUUCAUCAUUCAAAUGAAGUAUGUGAUAGAAGUGUUGAGAAGAUUUGGAAUGGAGCAUAGCAAUUUUGUUGAAAAUCCAAUGGUUUUUGGAUUUAAAAUAUCCAAAGCUGAAAAUGGUGUUGAGAUGGAUGGUUCAUUUUUCAAGCAACUGAUUGGAAGCUUGAUGUACUUGGCUUCUACGAUGCCGGAUAUAAUGUAUGCAAUUAGCUUAUUGAGAAGGUAUAUGUCAAGACCUACUAAAGUUCAUUAUUCGGCGGAGAAGAGAAUUUUGCAUUACUUGCAAGGUACGACAAAGUUUGAUAUUCUUUACAAAGAGGAAUGA